AUGGCGGAACCUCUUGCACCUCUACCUCCCACGGUGGUAAAUGCCAUGAAGACCUUGACCGAGAGUAUCAUCCGAGACAAACAGGCAGAAGCGGCCGCCAAGUCAAAGGAAAAUACCCUACCAUUUUCUUCACCAGCUGCAAAGCCUACUCCUACCUCCGGCAAGAAGCGCAAAGCGGAAUUGAGCCUUGAUGAGGAAAUCGCAGCAUACAAGGCAGAUCUCGACGACGUCGUGAGUCCCGACUCAUUCGAAAACGACGAGCUCGUCAGCUGCGGUACCAUCCGCAGCAGACUGAACAAACUCUUCGACUCAGGAAUCAUGACCAAGGCAGAUUUCUGCAGAGCCACCGGCGCAAACUCAAACUCUCUCAACAAGUUCCUCAAGCAGAAGGGGCCCAUGGGCGGCUCCGGAAGCUGCGUCUGGUAUAACGCCUACGCUUGGUUCAAGCAGCGAGAAGUCAUGGGUCUCAAGAUGCCUGACCCCAAGAAGCGCCAGCUGGAACAGCAGAAGAAGGACGACGCUGCCAAUGGAACCCCUUCCAAGACUCCAAGCUCUGCAGCAAAGACACUAAAAGAUCUCCCUGACUUAAGCGAGAUUUAUCUCCAAGGCGAAGAAACAGACGAAGUCCCCGUGUACGACGACUGCGACGAGAUCCGGCGCAAGAUCAACGCGCACAUGAAGACCCCCGGUCUCACGCAGGCACAAUUCUGCCGCGACUUGUACGCGCAGCUUAAAGCGCCCAAGUGCAAGGGCAUCCAGUCUAAGCAGCUGACUGACUUUCGCGGUGCUAAGGGGUCUAAUGCGGGAGCUAAAAGCUCCGUAUUUUACGCAGCGUAUGUGUAUUUUGAGAAGCUCCGUAUUGCGCAGGGUAAGCCGAUAAACAAGCAUCGAGAACACAUUUUCGACAUAUAUCCAGGAGGAUUUCCUAGGGAUGCGGAUUAUAGGACGACUUGGUAUAUCGGGGCGGCGUAG